UUUUUUGUCAUAUUUAAAUUGUUUUGAAUUUUAAGGCAUAUUCAGGUUUAUAUUUUUUAUUUUUUUUUUUCAAAUUGUUUUCUACCUAAACCAAAAUCCAUUAUUCUAUAAUUUGAAUUCACCCGUUCAUCAACCGCAAUUCUGUAAUUAUCUUUUUUGGUGAACGUAUGGACACCUAGACCCAAUAUCAAACAAGUAUGGGUAUGAAUUAAACUGUAGUCAAUUUUCAUAAAAAAUGACUAAAAAUAUAAACAACAUAUUAUUGUGUAAUUUAUUGAUGCCAUUAUUUUUGUAAUACUUUUUUCACCAAAGUAAAUAGAAUGUAAAUUGCACCAUCGCGAUAGUAAGAAAUAAGAAUUGUAACUUGCAGUAAAACUAAAAUCACUUUUUCUUUUGAUAGUUCCUUUGUACAAGUUUUGAUGGUAGAGUAUAUUGAAAUGUGACUAUGUGAGAAACUGAUAACACAGAAUAUUUCGUUUUAGAUUCUAAACGGUUAUAAAAAAAGACAACUAUCUUUGUUGAUUAAAAUAAUAUUAUAUUUUAAGGUCAAAGUAUUAAACUUUUACGCAAACCGCUGAGAGAUGCGUUUUGCAUUAUGUUAUAAUCAAAUUUAAAAAAAGUUAGUUAGUCAUAAUUUUUCCUUUGCCACAUAUCUAUGUAUUUUAACCAUUGGUCGAUCAUGCGAUCGCAUAUAAUCACUACAUAAUAAGAAACCGAUAAAACUCGAGCAUUAUGCGAUAUUAGCUGAAGUUUUUAUAAGACCCGACAUUAUGUGUCUAAAACUCUAGUGUAGUAAAGUUGUAUUGAUAUUGCCGUCUCUUACAUAGAGUUCUGAUUAAGUAAACAAAAUAAUAAAUUCUCUACAGAUAUUUUCAGUAUUUAAUUCAGCUCACAAUGGCAAUAAAGGUGACGUAUUCCUGGAUAAUAUAUUCAUGUUUAAUUUUUGGAUCCGGUAUUUUGUGUGAUAGAAAACUGGAAAAACGACAUGCUGUAUCAUCUGGCUCAGAAGACAUUGAUGAUAUGUUUUAUUGUUUAAAUGGACUGCGUAUAGAAUGGUCAUCGGUUUGCGAUAAUAAUAGGGAUUGUUCGGAUGGUUCAGACGAGACCAAUGAGUUUUGUGCACGAUACGAGUAUGGAAGAAAUAUUAGCAUGGAUUGCGGUAGAGUAUCCAAAGAAAUUAAAAAUGAACAUUCGUUAGAAGCAACACCUUGGAUAGUUGAUAUAUAUGCUACACAUAAAUCAAAGAUAUCUCAAUAUUUAGGUUUAGGAUCGAUUAUUUCUCCAAAUGUAGUAGUUACUGUGGCUCGUAUUUUUCGGAGUUCCGGUAUAAGAUUCAGCCAAAAUUCAAAGGAAGAAUAUGAUCGAUAUUUGUGUAAAAUUGAUAUUCCCUUACAAAAUUACAAUGAGAAUGAUCACAAUUAUAUCGAUACAAAAAUUAUUUACCUGUAUGAUGGAGCUAAUUAUGAAGAUUUAGCAGUUAUUGUGUUAGAAACCAAAAUUUCGUUUAGUAAUGGUGUUACACCCGUUUGUAUCGAUUGGAAUAAACGAUAUAAUGCACGGUUAAUGAAAUAUUCUCAGAAUAGAGCUUACGGAAAGAUUUCUGGUUUUAAAAUACGGGAUCAAAUUAAUCAUACUGUAUGCAUAUUUGAACAAUUUUUUCCCGAAAUCUUCACCGACAUCAGAACUUGUGAAAAAAGGAUUAAUCCAUUCGAUUUUGAAUCUUGCAUUUGGUUGAAAUUGGGACAAAGAGAAGAUGAUGGAGUUGACUUUCAAAGCUUAAGCGUAUUACACUCUGAUUUAUAUUAUUUAACUGGGGUAGGGAGUUUCAAAAGUCACCUGGAUAAAAAUAAAUUAGGAUUUAAAGCUAUAACAUACCAAGUUCCAUGGAUUCGUGGAAUUUUGUUCAAAUAUAGUACAUCGAAUUUAUGUGUCUUACCAACGGUCGAAGGAGUUGUACAUUCUUAUAAAGGUUUUCAUUCAAUUUUAUCUCCCGGGACAUUAAUUAAUCCUAACACUACUGUUAUUGAGAACUGUGAAGUUGGAUAUAAUAAAACUCAUCCUAAUGGUUUUAGGGUUUGUCAGAGAUAUGGAAUUUGGAAAACAGAUUCUGAUAAAUUAUGUUUGAAAAUGUGUCAACCUCUACUAUCAGAUAGCGUAGAUAUUCAAUGUAGUUAUAAUGGUAAUUAUGCUAAUUGCUCAAAUCAAUCGAAACCUUACACAAAAGCAAAAAUAUCAUGUAAGCUAACACAUUAUUUUGCACCGAAUGUACAAGAAGAGGCUGCAAAAGAAUUACAUUGUCAGUCUAAUGGAAUGUGGGAUAAAGAACUAUAUAGAUGCAAUAUAAUGUCGAAUGUAUGCGUUUUACCAACUAUUGAAGGAGUUGUUUUUACUCAUGAAGAUUCUAAUGAUAUUUUAUCUCAAGGAACAUUGGUUAAUCAUGGUGUUACCGUAAAUGAGAACUGUACAUUUGGAUAUCAUAAUGUUAAUCCCAAUGGCUUUCGGGUUUGUCAGAAAAAUGGAAAAUGGAAAUCAGCUUUUAAUAAAUUAUGUUUGAAAAUGUGUCCACCACUACUAUCUGACAGUUUAGAUAUUAAAUGUAGUUAUAUUAGUAAGUAUACUAAUUGCUCAAAUCUAUCGAUACCUGGCACAAUUGCAACACCAAAAUGUAAGGCUAUUUAUGUUCUACCAAAUGAACGUAAAGAGACUCCACUUGAAUUACAUUGUCAGUCUAACGGAUUGUGGGAUAAAGAACUAUAUAGAUGCAAUAUAAUAUCGAAUGCAUGCGUUUUACCAACUGUCGAAGGAGUUGUAUUUACUUAUGAAGAUUCUAAUGAUAUUUUAUCUCAAGGGACAUUAGUUAAUCAUGGUGUUACCGUAAAUGAGAACUGUACAUUUGGAUAUCAUAAUGUUAAUCCCAAUGGUUUUCGGGUUUGUCAGAAAAAUGGAAAAUGGAAAUCAGCUUUUAAUGAAUUAUGUUUAAAAAUGUGUCCACCUCUAGUAUCUGAUAGUUUAGAUAUUAAAUGUAGUUAUAAAGGUAACUAUACUGAUUGCUCAAAUCUAUCGAUACCUGACACAAUAGCAAUACCGUCAUGUAAGCCAACACAUUAUUUUUCAUCGAAUGGACAAGAAGAGACUGCCAAAGAAUUACAUUGUCAGUCUCAUGGAAUGUGGGAUAAAGAACUAUAUAAAUGCAAUAUAUUGAAUACAUGCGUUUUACCAAAGGUCGAAGGAGUUGUAUAUACUUAUGAAUAUUCUAAUGAAAGUUUAUCUCACGGGACAUUAAUUAAUCAUGGCGUUACCGUAAAUGAAAACUGUACAUUUGGAUAUCAUAAUGUUUAUCCCAAUAGUUUUCGGGUUUGUCAGAUAAAUGGAAAAUGGAAAACAGCUUAUGAUAAAUUAUGUUUGAAAAUGUGUCCACCUCAACUAUCUGAUAGCUUAGAUAUUAAAUGUACUUAUAAUGGUAAGAAGACUAAUUGCUCAAAUCUAUCGAUACCUGACACGAUAGCGAUACCAAAAUGUAAGGAUACUUAUUCUCUACCAAAUGGAAAAAUUGAAACUCCAAUUGAAUUACAUUGUCAGUCUAACGGAUUGUGGGAUAAAGAACUAUAUAUAUGCGAGCCAGAUUGCGGUAGACCAUUUAUCAAAACCCAAAUAUUGAUCAAUAAUGGUGAAACAGCAAAUGUCGGAACGGCACCUUGGAAUGUCGCUAUAUAUAAAAAAAAAUCCAAUUAUGAAUUCAAAUGUGGAGGAUCAAUUAUUUCUCGAAACUUAGUCGUUUCCGCGGCUCAUUGUUUUUGGGAAAAAGGUAUGCCAUAUACUAUAAUAAUAAUCGACGAUCUUUACAAAGUUGCUGUUGGAAAAUAUUAUAAAAACUUUAAAAUUUUUGACAAUGAAUAUCCUCAAAUAAUUAAUGUGGAUAGGAUUCUAAUGCAAGAUGGUUAUAAUGGAUUUUUCGGGCAUUAUGCUGUAGAUAUAGCUGUUAUUGUGUUACAAAACAGUGUUUUUUUUAGUAAUGGUAUAACACCUGUUUGUAUGGAUUGGAAUGGUAUCUACAAUGUAUCCAAUGGAGAUGAAGGAAAGAUUGUUGGUUGGGGAAAAACGAAAGAAGGCAUUGAAAGUCCUAUUUUAUUAAAAACUGGUUUACCAUACAUCAACAUGACAACGUGCCGGGAUAUGUAUACAAUGGGAUUUCAAUCAUAUGUGACUCCUGAUAAGUGUUGUGCUGGUUUUUCAUUGGUUCCAGGAUAUGGUUUAGAUGAGGGAGACAGUGGUGCAGGCUUAUGCUUUUCACACUUUAAAUUGCAUUAUUUAACCGGAGUAGUUAGCCUCAGGGAAGCAGACGCAAAUAAUUCAAUCGCACUUUUUACAUCAGUUCAUUACCACAUUGUAUGGAUUCGUAGUCUUUAUACCAAAUAUAAUACAGUCCAAUAUAAUUAAGAACAUGGUGUUUAUGAGGGUGAUAGCGGUGCAGGAUUAUGCGUUUUACACUCUAAUUGUUAUUAUUUUACCGGAUUCAUGAUUCUCAAGGAUCCAGAAGCAAAUAACUCAAUCACAGUUUUUAAGUUCAGUACCAC